GUUUCUGUAUCUUUCCUCUCUCUUUCUCUCUCUAAAAGCACACAAAAGAAAAAAAAAAAAGGGGGCGAAUUUUUCCAUGGCGUUGUCGGAGUUUGAGCUAGCUCUGAGCUUGGUGUUGUUGUUCUAGCUGUGAUUUGAUUAACCGACCCAUGGUCUUAUGAUUUUACACGAGCUAAUCCAAAGUCCCGGUCGUUGAUUGAUUUUGUUCUUUCUCUCUCUCUCCAGCUCAAGAUUUUUCUGAUUUGUUUCUGUUACCAUUUGUAUUUGUAAGAUUUGUAUCGGUUUUUGGAUUUUGUUAAGCUGAUUCUUUUUUGCUGGAUCGAGAGUUGAACAACUUGGAGGGGUUUCUUCAAUCUGGGUUUCGUUUCUUUUGUAAUAGAAAGGUUGUGGGAUUUUGAGAAUUAGGGUUUUCUGAUUGGGGGGGUUUUCUUCAUGAUGGGGUGGUAUCUUCAAAUUGUUUCUGGAGAUCCAGGAUUGGCUCAUUAAUGGAAUAAUGGCUAGUCUCUUGUCGUCGUCUGUAUUUGUAACUAGCAUCUUCUUCGUCCAAAGGCUCCUCUUUUCCUAGUUAAUCCACCUCCACCUAUUGAAUCUGAAGCAAAUCUGAGAUUCUACCAAACUCCCACGCCUUUGUAUAUUGCUUCUACGAAUAAUAAAGAUCACACGGAGUACAUAUUGUUCAUCCGCAAGUGAAAGCAAGAGCCUUUUGUUUAUUGAUGGGUGAGGAGUUAGCUGACACAAUGAACCUGGAUUUGAAUCUAGGGCCUGGUCCUGAAUCAGAUCUCCAACCGGCACCAAACGAGACUGUCAAUUUGGCUGAUUGGACUAAUGACCCGUCUGAGAGAUCUUCCGAAGCUGUGACAAGGAUCAGGACUCGGCAUAGGACACGAUUCCGACAGCUUAAUCUCCCCAUCCCGGUUCUAUCUGAAACCCAUACCAUGGCUAUAGAACUUAACCAAUUGAUGGGAACUUCUGUAAAUGGAGCUGCUAUGCAAACCGGUGAGGGUAGUGAAAGAGGCAAUGAGGAUCUGAAAAUGUGUGAGAAUGGCGACGGAGCCAUUGGGGACGGUGUAUCAGAGAAGAAAGCCGAUGUCGAGAAAAGCAGUGGCUGUGACGGUAACUUUUUCGAUUGUAAUAUAUGUUUGGAUUUGUCAAAGGAGCCAGUUCUCACCUGUUGUGGCCAUCUUUACUGUUGGCCUUGUCUGUACCAAUGGUUACAAAUUUCGGAUGCAAAGGAGUGUCCUGUUUGCAAAGGAGAGGUGACCCCCAAAACCGUAACACCCAUCUAUGGGCGCGGAAACCACAAAAGAGAAAUUGAAGAGAGUUUAGAUACUAAGAUCCCCAUGAGACCACAUGCGAGACGCAUCGAGAGCUUGAGGAACACAAUUCAAAGGUCGCCGUUUACAAUACCAAUGGAAGAAAUGAUUAGACGUAUACAGAAUAGGUUUGACAGGGAUUCAACCCCGGUCCCUGAUUUUAGUAACCGCGAGGCAUCAGAAAGAGUGAAUGAUCGAGCCAAUUCGAUUCUUAACCGGUUGAUGACAUCUAGGGGAGUUAGAUCAGAGCAGAACCAGGCUAGUGCGGCAGCAGCAGCGAUCGUAGCUGCAUCAGAGGAUAUCGAUCUAAACCCGAACAUUGCUCCUGAUCUCGAAGGAGAAACUACCACGAGAUUCCAUCCUAUGCUGAUCAGGAGACAGCUACAGUCACACCGAGUUGCAAGGAUCUCGACAUUCACAUCUGCACUGAGUUCAGCUGAGAGGCUUGUGGAUGCAUAUUUUAGAACUCAUCCAAUGGGGAGGAACCACCAAGAGCAAAACCAUCAUGCUCCUGUAGUGGUUGAUGAUAGGGACUCAUUCUCAAGCAUUGCAGCUGUUAUAAACUCUGAGAGUCAAGUGGAUACUGCAGUUGAGAUUGAUUCUAUGGUGACUCUCUCGACAUCUUCAUCGAGGAGAAGGAAUGAGAAUGGUUCGAGGGUUUCUGAUGUAGACAGUGCAGAUUCUCGUCCGCCUAGGAGAAGGAGAUUUACUUGAGAAACAACAAUAAAAUAAAGAAAGCUUUCAACCAGGAAGCUGACGAUGAUGAUUAAGAAGAAGAAGAAGAAGAAGAUUGUAACUUUAUUUUUCUCUGUGUUGCUGCUUGUUGGUUUGUUGUAAUUUGUUUUGUAUUUUUCUCAAUAGGGAUAUGGUAUUUUUAAUCGAAAUUUUUCUUUCAUCUU